UUUAUUCGCUUUUAUUCCUGGAUUUUAUUAAUGUUUUUAUUUUUUCCCGGAGUGCCAGUAGAUACCUGUUUUGAAGGGUUUUUUGGAUAAUCUUAGAUGAACCUGAAAACAGAAGUUUUACCAGAUUCGGCAGCCUUCACACAUCCUCUCCCCUCUUACACUGGUUUCCACAGUAACUGGUCCACUGGUGUCCGGGGUCUGCAGGGGGCCGUGCAGAGCUGCAGCCAUGCAGCAGGAGCUGUUGUUCAAGGUCCUGGUCAUCGGGGACCUGGGGGUCGGGAAAACAUCCAUCAUCAAGCGGUAUGUCCAUCAGAUCUUCUCCCAACAUUACCGAGCCACCAUCGGGGUGGACUUCGCCCUGAAGGUCCUGCAGUGGAACCACGACACGGUGAUCCGGCUCCAGCUGUGGGACAUAGCAGGACAGGAGCGCUAUGGGAACAUGACUCGGGUCUAUUACAGGGAGGCGGUGGGAGCUCUGGUGGUGUUUGACGUGACCAGAGCCUCCACGUUCGAUGCCGUGUUGAAGUGGAAGGACGACCUGGACUCCAAGGUGACUCUGAACCAUGGGAGGCCGGUCCCAGCUGUACUCUUGGCCAAUAAGUCCGACCAGCUGUCUUCACAGAUGCCCAAACUCGACACCUUCUGCAGAGAGAACGGCUUUGUCGGCUGGUUUGAGACAUCAGCAAAGGAGAACACAAACAUUGAAGAGGCAGCGCGCUGCUUAGUGGAGCACAUCCUGAACAACGAGGACAGUCCAGUGAUAGAACGAGACCCCGGUUCUCUCGUCCUCUCUGGAUACGCAAACACCACCAAAGAUCCCCUCAACUGUUCAUCAUGCGUGAAAUGGUGACCAGUCACAGACAGACAGGAAGUACAGAGCUGUGGGGUGAGGCUGUAGAGAUAUGUUUGGCUCAGGGACUAUUUCUGAUCAGUUUUUUCCAUCUUAUCCUACAGUCAUUAAUUAAAAAUGCAAACUAGAAAUCUUUGUGAAAUAUUCACAGUGAAUGUCAUGUACAGCACUUGGUUUUGAUGAAAUUUAAUUAAUGUUUUCUCCCGAAACCUCUUCAAAAAUCUCAAGCUUAACGAGAAAUGUUUUAAAUUGUUGAAAUUAUAGUUAUUAAAUGUGGCCUGAGGCUGCCUUGAUGAGUCAUCUGUCUUUGUUAGUGAGAAUCGCAUCAACAUCUUCUGUCAUCUGCUCAGAUAAAGACUGUGUUUCCUUCAGUAACAGCAGAGAUGGAUUUUGGCCAUUUGGCUAUAAUUAUUAAUUUGAAGCUCUUGGUUCUAUAUUGAACAGUGUCUGUAUUUUCCACACCUGAAUGUGACUCAGCUGCACAGAUUUAACAAAUUACCUCUUCAUAUUCAGGUUUCUGAUGUAACCCAGCUCCAAAUACAGGAUUACAUUCAUAUGUGUGUCUGGGCACAUAAAUAUCUAAAAUCUAUCAUUUUUAAUACUAUUAUCUAGGAUCUGAUGCUUCAGUAAGAGAAUUAGUUCUUCUGCAUUCUGAAAGAUAACAUAUUCAGCCUGAACUGCCCUACUUUCUCUCCACCAUCUUCAGCAUUAGUUAAAUGAAAUCAGUGUCAUUACAGGGCGCUAAAUCAUGUUGUGUGUUCAUCUUUUUAGAGUCCACCAGUUUCAAAUUCAUCUAUAAGGCCUUACCUGAUAAUUUUUUUUUUGCACUAUCCAUCUGCUAAAAUGUACACAGUUUAUCCUUUUUCUGCUGUAAAGUGGUUUACUAUGAAUGUUAUUCUAUUCCAUUAACCUAAAGGCCUAGAAUCUUUACUGUUAGUAUGUCAGGAAACUGUUUCCACAGUGGAUCAUGAUCAUGAGCUCUGAAAUCUGUUUAUGGAUACGACGGAGGAAAACACACCAGAUUCCUUCACCGUCAGAUAUAAACUUAAACACUGUGGAGAUAAUGGAGGAGAGGCAAUUAAACAGAUUUGUCCAUUAAAUGGACAAUUCAAUCAGUUGAUAAAAGCUAAUGGCUAUUAGUGGACUGAGAGAUUCUUUACUUAGGAAUAGAGUAGUAAACCAUUCUGCAAUGUCUGCCUUUCUUCCAGCACUUCACUUGAACAUCUCUGCUUAUGUUUUUCUUUGCACUUUAUUAGGUUUCUUAUUUACAACUUCAUAUUUAAACAUUUUCAUCUUCAUUUUUAAUCCAUAUGUACAGGUUUUAAUCAUUAACUGUUACUAGGUUUUAGUGGGUUAGUUAUGUCUGAAACAAAAAAAAAGUAAAAAUCAAUCUUUAAAUACUAAUACUUCUGUGAACAAAUGUAGCUCUCUCUCCAAUUACUGGCUCUUUGGUUUAAAGCGUUUUAUUUAAUUUUGCUGCAAUAUCUGUCUCACCAGUUAAAAAUAUGUUAUACGCUCCUCUCUUCUGUACCAGUGACGGCUGUAUUGUGGUCUUUGCUGAUCGUGCCUGGAGCUUUAUUUGAUAUUCCAUGUUUUCGUCCGCUUUAUGUUUCACUUCAUACCCUUUGAUGUAUAACAUGGCCUUGUAAUUCAAUACAUUUGUAAGUGCAAUCUCCGUAGGUCAGACUACAUGUAAUAAACUGUAUCUGUAGUGCUGUG